UUUGUCUACUUCCUUUAUUAAAUGGAAACGAUAUAGUUGUAAUAAAAACCUCAAAUUCCACAAACACCCACUUGAUUUUUAACUCUUUUACUUAUUCUCAAUCUCCCCAACUGUUAUGUGCUGCUGCACCCUUGUUUCUUGAGUUUAGCACAAUGUCACAGGGCUAUGCGAUUGAGCUUUACUUUGAUCCGGCCCUCGAAAACCAGGUCUUGAAAGCUUGGAAUGUUCUUGCUCGUCGCCAGAUUAGUACUCAGCUUAUUGAAAUUGAAUCAAGGCCCCACAUUACUUUGUUUUCUAGUUCGUAUGUUGAACCUUUGAAGCUUGAAAACAUUGUCAAGAAUUUUGCUUCAAAGCAAGAGCCUGUGCCCUUGUCUUUUCGUUCAAUUGGAGCACUUCCGAGCGACAACAAUGUGCUAUUUCUUGCUCCAAAUCCAUCUCUGUCUCUGCUUCACUUUCAUUUGCAGCUGUGUGAUGCAAUGAAGAAGGAGGGCGUUGAAAUUGGUGAGGAGUAUCGUGCUGAUUCGUGGAUACCUUAUUGUCCAGUUGCUGAAGAGGUGUCAAGAAGUCGUAUGGCUGAGGCAUUCACUGUAUUGAGGGAUUUGAAGUUGCCAGUUUCUGGGUACGCAAUGGAAAUUGGGUUGGUUGAAUACUCUCCUGUUCGUGAGCUCUUCUCUUAUGCACUGGGUAAUGCAGUCGAACCAUGAGCAUGUAAAACCAUUUAAAUGUUCGUCCUAAAUCAUUGACAUUUAUCUACAUGUUUGCAUCUUUUUCUUGUACAAGUUGUUUGUAGAUUAUUUUUUAUGUUGAUGUAAUAUCAAAAUUAGCCUUGCUGUUUUAGUUAUCAAUAUAUAUUAUAUUGAACAUUCAA